GACCGACACCCCUCCGGGUCCAGUCUGGGCUUGGAGUUAAAAGUAGGCUGCAUAUUCCGGUCACUGGGGGUAAACAAGGUUCCAGCUGUGUGCCGUCUCCACAACAUGACAGGAACCACCUUGCAGCUUGCAGGCGACCAACAUCAGACUUGUCAGGAACAUUACAGCUUCGGUCCGAUGUCAGGAACACACUAGAAAACCAUCAGGAGGACUGGAGCCGAUAUACCCCCGACAGGACAGGACAGUCCGGAUCUCUCUUCUUUCUCCACUUGAGACAAAUGGUUUUGAGUCAUGGAUCAAGGUGUUGUGGACGGUCCUGUUACCCUGGUCAUCAGGGCACCCAACCAGAAGUACAAUGACCACACCAUCAACUGUUGCCAGAACUGGACUGUGGAGGAACUCAAAGCGCACAUCUCAGAUGUAUACCCAAGCAAACCCAGCUCCAAAGACCAGAGGCUGGUGUAUUCAGGGAAGCUGCUUUUGGAUCACUUUACCCUAAAAGAUGUGCUCAGAAAGCAGGACGAGUACCACAUGCUCCAUCUGGUGUGCGCCUCACGAACCCCCCCCAGCUCCCCGAAGCCCCCCCGCAGCCACAGUAACAAGCCUCGGGAGAGCUCGGCCGGUCCCGCGCCCCUUCAAAACUCUACUAGUCCCUCUACUGGUCCACACAGCCAGCCACCUCCAGCAGAGAGCAGUGAUGGACUCAGACAGCGAACCGGACCCUUCCCUUACCAACAGAUGUAUCCACAACUUAUGCACAGCUGGAAUCAGUACUCCCCACAGUCAGCUGCUCCCACUAACAUGCCCGCAUACAUCAACCCCAUGACGCUGAUGUGGUGGCAGCAGUUGUACGUCCGGCAGUACUACAUGCACUAUCAGCUACUGGCUGCCUCCUCUCAACACCUCAGGCCGGACCAGCCCUCCACUCACUCCAACCAGCCCGACCCUCUGAGCCAGCGACCUCAGGCGGACCGCCGAGGCAACCCGGAAGUCCAGAUGAACGCCCAGGGAGGGGAGGUCCUGAACGAGGAGGAGCUGAACCGGGAUUGGCUGGACUGGGUGUACACGUUCUCACGUGCUGCGAUCCUCCUCAGCAUCGUGUACUUCUACUCCUCCUUCAGCCGCUUCGUCAUGGUGAUGAUGGCCAUGCUAGUGCUUUACCUGCAUCAGGCCGGCUGGUUUCCCUUCAACCUGGAGAAUGAGCUCCAGCUUCCUGGAGACGGAGCCAAUCAGGACGACGUGGAGGGAGAGCUACAGAACCAGAACAUACAGGAAAUGGAAGGAGUGAUGGACGAAGGCUCGGACGACGACGGGGAAAGUGGAGAGGAGGGAGCGGAGGAUCCAAACAGCGCCCCCCACGCGGGCUUCCUGUCCUCCACGUGGUCGUUCAUCAUAACCUUCUUCAUGUCUCUCAUCCCGGAGGGACCGCCAAACGCUGCUAACUGAACCACGAGCCACCACGGGUCUCCACAAGGGCACAUUCUUUCUUCUUCAAGAGGACGAGCAUCCCGCCUGCUUAGGGAAACCAUUUCUGUUGCAGCACCGUGUUAUAGUUUCCCCAUUAGUGUACUUUACUACCAAGACUUUGAGCCAAAACAAAUGACUGAUUAGAUGUGAAAAGAGGAAAAAGGGUCAGAACAUUUUGAACUGUCACAAUGACACGAUAAUUAGUUUAGCUGCUCUACACAAGGAUUGCUAGUGAUGCCAUGUAAACAUAGUUCAAAUAAUGAUUGAUUCUGCAUUAUUGAAAUAGUGACAACAGGCACAUUUAUACAGAAAAAUAAGACCUUUUCUUUUUUUUAAAGGGCCACUUUAGUCCAAAAGCUAAACUUCAGAGAACAAUCCUGAGUCAUGUAGCGCCUGUGAUAAUUAACAUGAGUGAAGUUCAUAAAAAUGUGUCUGAACACAUUGUUUACUGUGUUGAAGUUUAUCUCAGUGUGAUGUUGGCUACAGAAGUGUGAUUAUUUUUUUUUUAUUUUUUUUUAUUUUUUUUAACUGGAGUGAGUGCUGAGUGAGCCGAGUGAGGUAGAAGAAUUGAUCUUCCACCGUUACUGGAGUAUCCAACAGGACGGUCGUUGAUGGGACUGGAGUCACGUGGCAUCGAGCGAACAGGAGACACUUUGCACUGCCAAAGUUCACAUUUCAUGUUGGACAAGACGCACACCUCUCGAGUGUGUGAAAAUGGCUGAUGCUGUUACCUUUUGACAUGUUCUGUACCAAUAAUAAUCAAGUUCAUUAAACCUUCAUUCAUGGCAAUGUAGUCAUGUGGAUUAAGAUGGAUAAUACUGUUUUAUUCCUCCAGAUUAUAACUUUAGCUAACAGCAACACACAACUACUGACUUAAUUGCCUUUGGCCGCAGAGAGAGAGAGAGAGAGAGACACAGACACCAGGCCUUAGUGGGUGAUGGCAGGAAAAGUGCAGGUGUAUUUAGUAACAUCAAUGAUAGCUGCAUUCCACUUCCUGGGACACUUCGGUGCACCGAGCAAUCGUUAAUGUAAUCAAUUUCACUACUGUGCUUUUUUUCUACUAUGACAAGUUUAAAAAAAAAGUCUGCUGUGAAUAAAAGUCCAUUAGAUCUC